AUGGCUAGCAGCGAUUUGACAAUGGAUGUGAUCUUCUUAACACAGACUGUGGUUGGAAUCUUGGAGAAUUUCUCACUUCUUUGUCAUUAUAUCAUCCUUUCCUUCACUGGCUACAGGUUAAGGUCCACAGAUUUCAUCCUUAAGCACCUGAUUGUAGCCAACUUCUUGGUCCUCAUCUCUAAAGGGGUCCCCCAGACAAUUUCCCCCUUUGGGUGGAAACAUAGACCCAGUGAUUUUGGAUGCAGACUUCUUUUCUUUCUUCACAGAGUGGAGGGAGUGUCCACUGGUAGUAUAUGCCUCUUGAGUGUCUUUCAGGCCAUCACGAUCAGUCCCAGGAACUCCAGGUGGGCAGAGCUUAAAGUAAAAGCUCCCAAGUACAUUGUUCCCUCUAUUUUCCUGUGUUGGAUGCUCCAAAUGCUGGUAAAUGUUGUUUUUCCUAUCGAUAUAACUGGCAAAUGGAGCAGCAAAAACAUCACAAAUGGAAAGGAUUUUUGAUACUGCUCUGCUGUUCAUCAUGACAAAACCAGACAGGCAUUGUAUGGAGCAUCACUAUUAUUCCCUGAUGUUUUCUGUUUGGGGCUCACGCUCUGGGCCAGUGGCUCCAUGGUUUUCAUCCUGUACAGGCAUAAGCAGCAGGUCCAACACAUCUGUAGGACCAACGCCUCCCCCAGGUCCCCCCACCUUGAGUCCAGAGCUGCCAAAACCAUUCUUCUCCUGGUGAGCACCAUUGUCUACUUUUAUACGCUUUCCUCCAUCUUUCAACUUCUUUUGUCUCUUUUUGAUCAUCCUAGCUGGUUCCCUGUGGACAUCACUGUAAUCACUGCUGCGUGCUUCCCAACUGUCAGCCCCUUUCUGCUCAUGAGCCAUGACUCCAGUGUACACAGGCUCUACUUUACCUGGUUGAGGAAUACAAAAUCCCCUACUAUUAUGAGAAAUAUGUAA